UUUAAGCCCCUCCCACCACGCACAGCUGACGCUGGCAGAGCUCCCACCGUGAGCUACAAGACGAAGCUGCUUUUAUUUAAUCCAAACGCGUUAAAUGGACUCUUAUCCGAUGUAAUAAAGUGUUUGCAUUCGACAUUUUAGUCAUUUAUAAGGCGGCUUGGAAGUUCCAAGACAUGUGCGUCGGUGAUAUCCGCUCCUAGCGGCUGCUGGUGGCGAUGCUACUGCUUGUGAUCAUCAGCUAGCCCAGGCUUAGCUGGCUCGGAGUGACGGGGACAGAGAACCGUGGGCGAAGGCAGCUGGUAACAUCAGUCAGCUGACACCAGCACACAAAAGGAAUAUAUAUAUAAAUAUAUAUAAAGGCUGUGAGAUCUGCCUGUGGGUGUUUGAAAACCGUAGCAGAAAAAAAAACCCCACAAUGAGCUCCGAAGAGACAGCAGCGCCCAGCAAAGCCGCUCCGGAUGAUGAUGGCAUGACCUGGUGGUACAGAUGGCUCUGCAAAAUCGCUGGGGUUUUGGGAGGAAUAUCCUGCGCUGUCUCGGGAGUGUGGAACUGCGUCACUGUGAACCCUUUAAACAUCGCUGCUGGAGUAUGGAUGGUGUUGAAUGCCUUUGUGCUGUUCCUUUGUGAGGUCCCAUUCUGCUGCCAGUUCAUAGAGUUUGCAAAUGCGAUUGCAGCCCGCGCAGACAAAUUCAAGCCCUGGCAGAAAGCCCUCUUCUACUGUGGGAUGGCUCUGUUUCCCGUGUUCCUGAGCUUCUCCAUUACAACACUGUUUGGAAAUGCCAUCGCCUUUGCCACAGGAGUUCUUUAUGGACUUGCGUCUUUAGGCAAAAAGCUCUCACAUUAAAUGCAGUUCACAACAUUUUUAUCAAUUAACACGAUGCCACCCUAAUAAUGACCUUCCCUUUUUGUGAUGCAAAUAGGUUUAAACUGAGUGAGUUUUGUACUAAUCCCUUCUAAUUCUGAUUCUCGUACACUUGUUUUUUCUUUAUUUCCACUUAUUUUUAUUACCACCCUUCCUUCGCAUCCCGUUUCCUCUAUUUUUUUCUUCUUCUUUUCUUUUCCCCCCUGCCC